AUGCAUAAGGGAGUUGGCGGUGGAGGUGGUGGAAUAGUUGGGGGUUCUGCGGGAGGUGGUGGAAUAGUUGGAGGUUCUGCGGGAGGUGGUGGACUAGUUGGGGGUUCUUCCGGAGGUGGUGGACUAGUUGGGGGUUCUACUGGAGGUGGUGGACUAGUUGGGGGUUCUACGGGAGGUGGUGGACUAGUUGGGGGUUCUUCUGGAGGUGGUGGACUAGUUGGGGGUUCUACCGGAGGUUGUAGAGUAACGGGGGUUUCUUCCAUAGGUGGUGGACUACCUGAGGUUUCGUCUGGAGAUGGUGAAACAACCGGACUUGCCACAUCUGGAGAUUCAUCCGGAGGAGGGAUAUUCAAAAGAUCAUCAAAAGCAGACAAAAGAUUUAUCGGGAAUCUUUUAUCAUGA